AGUUUAUUUAUAAAUAAUAUUUAUAGACUGCACCUUGUCCAAAAUGUAAUUUGAAGGUGUAACUCGGUGGCAGACCUGAAUCUGGCAUGUUGCAGUCAUUUAAUCUGUGGGUUUCCAGAACAUGAGAACCACUUUCAUCCUUUGGUAAUUUGUUAUUACCUAACAGCACUUCUUAUUUGCGUGGAUCAAGCUUCAGUUCAUUCACCCAAAUUGAGCUCAUUACUGGUUCCAAACAGCUGCUCAGGACAGGCAGGGUGACACCUGGAUUAGAUGAAAAGGAGAGAGGGAGAGAUCAGGAAAAUGUGAACUGCACACUGAAAGCUCUCCCAUCUAAUUCAGUUCAUGAUGCCCAGGUAUGUCUCUUCUCUCUCCCUUUUCUGGGUCAACAUCGCAGUAGGAUUGUGAAUCACAGCUAGACUUUCCUUCAAAGAACAGCAGAUUAUGAUCUCCUUUCCUCAGCCACUUGUUAGGCUUGUUUUUCCACUAAACUCAAAUUUUACAUCAUGCUAGCUGUUCCUGCUAAAAUAAUUUGCAUACUGUGAUGCGUCUCUGGAUCUUCUCAUCUCCUCCUACUUUUCUCCUGCGAUCAACAAGACAAGACAUCAGACUAUUGGCUGAUGGUCUUAUACAUAUUUUUGGGAUAGAUUGGAAGAGCUGGGGAUUCUUUGCAUUAACUUUUCUGAUCCAGGAAAUGUUUUUGAAACAUGCUUGCUCUAGGGGAUUUUCUGGUUUUUUAUUUGUAGGGUGAAAAGGAGGAGGGAAAUAAACGCUUGGCACUUUCCUGUGUGACCUGAAGACAAAAGCAGGCUCAGCAGUGGAACAGAUGCUGGUGUGGAUCUCAAGCUGGAAAUGAUGUUCCGUUUUCGAAGAAGAACUUUUUUAGCUACAGGGGUAUGUCUGGUGGCUCUUGCCUCUAUACUAAAACUUUCCUACUUCCGGAUACAGAAAUACACUUUACUACCCAAAGUUGUUGCACAGAAAGAAAAAGACCUCUGCAAAGGAUGGGUCACCAAUAACUCAAUCUCUGCUUUGAGUGACAACAGAUCUUUUAUUAUCACUCCAUACUUCGAUGACAGGGUGGAAAAGCAGACUCGGGUGAUUGGGAUUGUACAUCACAAGGAAGUUAAGGACCACUAUUGCUGGUUUUGUUGCCCAGCUGAUGAUGUGGCCUUUAUCUCUAAGGCUGCAAUAGAGUUCCACUUGGAUCGUUUUGGAUUUCCAUACGUGGUCACAGACUUGAUUUGUUUGGAACCCUCACACUGUGAGCCUCGUUACAUGGCAUUGCAGUCAUCUGGCGAAGGAUCUGACAGUGGCAUAUCACCACUGUUUGAAAUAAAAAAUCGCCAGCGACAGAGCACUCUGGUGGACUUCACAGUGUGCAUCUCCACCAUGUUUGGAGACUAUAACAAUGUCCUCCAGUUCGUGCAGAGCAUGGAAAUGUAUAAGUUCCUUGGAGCGCAGAAGGUGGUGAUCUAUAAGAACAGCUGCAGCCAGUUGAUGGAGAAAGUCCUUCAAUUCUAUGUGGUGGAAGGGACUGUGGAGGUGGUGCCCUGGCCAAUCACAUCCUAUCUCAGUGUUUCUAAUGAAUGGCAUUUCACGAACGAUGGGACCAAAAUUGGCUACUAUGGACAAAUCGCUGCUCUGAAUGACUGUGUCUACCGGAAUAUGUACAGGAGCAGGUACGUUCUGCUGAAUGACAUUGAUGAAAUUAUUCUUCCCGUUCAACAUAUGGAUUGGAAAACCUUGAUGCAAAACCUUGAGAAACAAAAUCCGGAGAUUGGUAUCUUCCUCUUUGAGAACCACAUUUUCCCAAAUAAUGUCUUCACCUUCCCCCCUGUUCAUGUUCCACAUUCUUGGAAUAUGGUACCUGGAGUCAACAUCCUGCAGCAUGUCCUCCGAGAACCAAACAGGAAAGAGAUCAUAAACCCAAGGAAAAUGAUUGUUGAUCCGAGGAAAGUGGUUCAGACGUCUGUUCACUCUGUCCUUCAGGGGAUCGGAGGCAGUGUGGAAGUCCCUGCAGAUGUUGCAAUUGUCUUCCACUGUCGGUCUCCUUUCCAACCAAAUUUGCCCAGGGAAUUCCUGAUCAAGGACACAAUACUCUGGAGAUAUAACACAUCACUAAUAGGCAGAGUUAACAAAGUGCUACAGAAGAUACCAUUUGAAGUGGUGAAGUAGUAAACACAGGAAACAUUACUGAUAUUUCUCUUUGGAGGUUCACCCAAAGAGUAUUUGGGAGCAAGUUGUACAGGAUGAAUUUCCAAUGCAUGUUCAAGAGAGGAGUAUCAUGAAUUCAAAAGGAACAUGUUUGUUCUUGAGAAUGUGAUUCAGGGAGCUACAGAAAAAGUGAUAGCAUAAUUUGUCAUGCAUUGCAAAAGUGCACUAGAUAUGGGAAAUGAUGGGUCAGAAACCCAGCGGUCCGUCUGUGUCAGCAUCCCAUCUAUGAUAGCAGCAAGAUUUUUCUGAGGUCAUGGACCAAAGUCAAGGGUAGCCAUCAAAGGCACCAUCCUUUUUGUACUGAGCUCCUAGCAACAAUUUUAAGGAUUAGGGUUAUAUUCACUUUUAGUUCUGCUCAGAAUAGACCCAUUGUAAAGAAUGAACAUGACUAAGUGAGGUCCAUUAAUUUCAAUGGGUCUCCUCCAAGUGCAACUUAGUUGAAUAUGACCCAUCCUUGAUGAAGGAUCUGUUUAACUCAUCCAGUACUGUGUGUAGUCUGUAUAUAAAUAUAUCAGAUAUAAAUAUAAAUAUAAAUAUCAGUGUCAUACGUGCAUAUCAUAUAUAUAAUUGCAGAAUGCUUCUGUUCAAAAUUCCAGCUGACCGUGCCCUUUUCUAGGUUAUUCCAUUCUGUCCAUCUUCCCAGUAUUCCAUGGUCCAUGAGUACACAGUCCUUGUGGUUUCUCCCAAAUGAGCUGCUAUCUCCUACUUUUAUAUGUGUGAAAAUCUUGGCUACACAAGAAAUGGCAUGCACAGGCUGAAUGAUGGAAAAAUAAAGAAUAAUACAUCUAACACACAAAGAAAAAGGUGAUGUGAAUUCUUUACCACUUAGAUGAGUUCUACAGUCAGCAUAAUAUAUAAUUGUAGAAAAAUUGUCACCUGCAAAUUGAGUAGAUUUGCAGGUUUGAUAUUAUAUUCAUUACAUAAUUUAUUCUAGUUUGACCUGUUAAGGAAGCAGCAUGAUACUAUUCCGGAACCUUGUGUCAAGACCUACUGAGCAUCUUAAUCAGCUGCUCCCCUGACUGUUUUUGGUAGGCAUUGCCUACACCUCCACACCCCCUGCCAUGCAAAUCCUUUAAACUACUGGGGGCUAGAAACCUAUUUCUUCUCGAACAAACAACAGCAGAGAUUCCGAGGCAGCUGCUUUCUGGACCCAGUAAUGUGGUUCUGUUCUACCACAGACUUCCUCAGCUCAACAUUACACACUGUAUCCAGCUGUGUUCUAGUCAGAGUCGACCCAUGGAAAUUAAUGCAUAUUUAUGACCUUCAGUUUCAGUUUCCCCUUGAAACCUUGCUUCGGGCAGGAGCAGGGACAUGCGCAAGGCCUGGAGGUUUCACGAGGUGGCACUGUGCCCCCUGCCCACCUGUGCAGGGGGAAGCCCAGCCGGCCAACGUGGCCCUUGGCAUGCGACCCCCCUCAAUGAGGGGGCUAGAGAUGUGGCAGUGAGGCCAGGCCAGGUUCCGAGGAGUUUCCGGGUGACAGGCGGGGGGGACAAGGAUUCCUGCGUGGAGGCACCUGUUUUGCAACCCCUCAAAAUUGUGCACCUGGGGCUAUGGCUUCCCUGCCUCCCCCCUUUGCCCCUGCUACCAGCUUUCUCCAACCUGAUGCCCUCCAGAUGUUUUUUGCCACAGGUCCCAUUGGCCUCAACCAGCCCCAAGCCACAUAUUAACUGCAGUCUGCCUUUUUGUAAUGCAGUUGAUGAAAAUACUUUCAGCGCAAUCCUUGUUGUUGUUUAGUCAUUUAGUCGUGUCCGACUCUUCAUGAC